CGAUAAAAUCUGUAUAUGAAACAUAGUUUCUUACUGAUUUCUGAAGUUUGCAUGAUGUUCACAUGGCUUUUUCCUUUGGUUGCUGGUGAGAAGGUGGCCAAUCUAAGACAGCGGUUUUUCCAUUCAAUUGCUCCUGGUGGACUUGCUGGAGAUAGACGGGCUGUAGUUCCAGCAUCAGGCUUUUCCUUCAGUGCUCAACAGAUCUGGAAGAUUAUCAAGGAGAACAAGGACCUUGACCUUCCUGCCCACAAGGUCAUGGUGGCUACAGUGCGUUGUGAGGAGAUUGCCAAUGAAAAAUGUGGUUCUUUUCUAGAAAAUGAGGAAUGGCGUGAACUAGAAGCAGCUGUGCAAUCUCAUCAAGUACCAAGAUUUGGAAAGAAGCUGAGUACCAUUCUUGACACUUAUCUAUCAGAGUAUGAUGUGGAAGCCACUUAUUUUGAUGAAGGUGUCAGAACUGGAAAAAGAAAGCAAUUGGAAGAAAAACUGCUGCAACUUGUCCAACCUGCCUACCAAUUGAUGUUGAGCCACAUUCGCUCUGGAACUUUGGAGAGAUUUAAAGAAGCUUUUGACGAAGCACUGAAUGGGGGAAAAGGGUUUGCCAUGGCUGCUCGUCACUGCUCUGAGACUUUUAUGUCACAGUUUGAUGAAGCUUGCGCUGAUGCCAUCAUUGACCAAGCAAACUGGGACUCGUCCAAAUUAAGGGACAAACUGCGGCGUGACAUGGAUGCACAUGUUGCUUCAGUUCGUGUAGCGAAGCUGUCUGAAUUGACCACUGUCUAUGAGACAAAAUUGAAUGAAGCAUUAUCUGGACCAGUUGAGGCUUUAUUGGAUGGUGCUAAUGAUGAUACAUGGCCAGCAAUCAGAAAACUCCUUUGGCGUGAGACUGAAACAGCUCUCUCUGGCUUUUCUUCUGCGCUUUCUGGGUUUGAAAUGGACGAAGAAUCGAAGGAAAAAACGCUCUCAAAGUUGAGAGAUUAUGCCAGAGGAGUGGUUGAGUCAAAGGCAAAAGAAGAAGCUGGAAGGGUUUUAAUACGUAUGAAGGACAGGUUCUCAACAUUAUUUAGCCAUGAUUCGGAUUCAAUGCCACGGGUCUGGACUGGGAAGGAAGAUAUUCGAGCAAUCACGAAAACUGCUCGCUCUUCUUCUCUGAAGUUAUUAUCUGUUAUGGCGGCAGUACGUUUGGAUGAUGAGGCUGAUUCUAUUGAAAAAACUCUGUCGCUUGCUUUAGUGGAUAGUAAAGGUAGUGCGUCUACCAACAAGAGUUCUCCAUCAGUUGACCCUCUUGCCUCGAGCACUUGGGAUGAGGUUUCAGCAACGAAGACUCUGAUAACUCCUGUACAGUGCAAAUCAAUUUGGAGGCAAUUUAAAACAGAGACUGAGUACACUGUAACCCAAGCCAUUGCUGCUCAGGAGGCUAGCAGGAGAAAUAACAACUGGUUACCACCUCCAUGGGCUAUUGUCGCCAUGAUUGUGUUAGGGUUCAAUGAGUUUAUGACCCUAUUAAGAAAUCCAUUAUAUCUAGGUGUUAUCUUUGUUGGUUUCCUUCUUGUAAAAGCUCUUUGGGUGCAACUAGACGUCUCUGGAGAAUUCCGUAAUGGUGCUCUACCUGGGCUGCUUUCGUUAUCAACCAAGUUCCUUCCUACUGUCAUGAACCUGCUCAAAAAAUUGGCAGAGGAAGGUCAAAGGCAUGGGAAUACCAAUACACAGCAAAAUCCUCCUCUUGCAUCAAAGAGCUUCCGCAGCGGAGCAAGUGAAUACGGUGGGGUGUCGUCAAGUGCAUCAUCUGAGGUGACUUCUGCCGAAAAUGGGACAGAAUACUCGAGCCCGGUGGAUGAUAAGGUGAAGUGAGCUUCUCUUCAUUGAGCAACCAUCUUCAUAUAUCAAGGAUACAGAUAAAGGUCAUUCAAAAGUUGUACGCUACACGCGAUUCUGGUCACUGGUUCCAACUUCAACUGAAGCGCGAGACGAACAGAUUGGAAGGCAUGAUUUUUGUUGAGGUGCCAUAUACUGGGGUUUGUCAGCUUGUGGUCGACAGCCCCAUUAGAUAGAUUCUUUUUAAUUUUCUCUUUUUCCUUUUCUUGUUUUCUUCUUUUGAGAUUCUUUAGAUAUUGAUUUUAUUGUGCUUAAGUUAUAAAGGCCUCAUUUAUAGAGUCUCAAUUUUUUGUGGUUGUUUCUGGUUUGCCGUCAAUUUUGUCUGUCGCAAGAGUAGCAUAAUGCAACAGCAGUUUGUAUCUUGAUGACUUGUGGAAAUCUCUGAAUAGUUUGUAUUUACUGAGGAAAUGAAAAUUUUCUUAUAGCGGAGCCGCUAUAAAACACAGCAA